AUGAUGAUCAAUACAAGUUCAUUUCUUACACUUCUUCUCUUUACUUCGCUAAGUACUGCUGUGGCUCGAACGACCGAAUCAAAACCAUCAUUACCAACUUAUAGAGACUUGCAAGCUAAAUAUUCAAAAUCACUCAGAUGUCCAUGUUCCCAGGUGACAAUACCUCAUCGCAAAUUCGUUUCAUUAUCACCAGUCUUACAUCAAGUGUGUAAAAGUGAUUUUGUGACAGAAGAAUGGCUUUUAUUAAUGAAAAGUAUCAGAACUAGACGUAGUGAUGUCGAUUGGCGUAAUAGAGCUUUCUCACAAUUUCAUUUAUUAUCUGAGCUUUGUAAGCUGGCUAAUAAAACGAUCGAUGACGCUAGGCAUCGCUUUCUUUCACAACCAUUCAUUGUUUCAAAUGUAUUGCCAGAAAUUGAUUUUGAAAAACAAUUAAAUCUAACUCUUGAACAAUUUUUUCAAUCGACAAUUGAUUAUUUUGGUCUUCUUAUCAAAACAGUACAAAUUCUUAUACAAAUCGAUCAACCCUAUUCUGGACCGAUUGGAGCGUAUACCGUACGUGAUGAAGACGAAAAUCCAGUCGGAGUUUACACAAAAAAUGAAACAAAUGGACGAAUUAAAAUACAGGUGGAAUUUCAAUUGACUGGACCGCGUAAUGCGAAACCAAUACCUACCACCUGUAUCUGUGCUUUUGAUACUUAUUGUCAAACUAGAACUGGAAUUUACGAUGUUGAAUCGAACAUAAUGUCCCAUGUAACUUAUAUCAGUCGUUAUAUUAUAGCAGGCUUGAUUACAGGUUGUUCAGUUACAGAUUCUCUUCUGCGUUCCACACUUGAGUGUUACUAUUCAAACUCAAAGUGCUUACAGACUUUAAUGAAUUAUAGUAAACAGACAUAUAUUAUUAAUGCUGAAAAUGUACCAUGGGUUGAUGUCCACUCUCUGGUGUAUAAGACAACACUCAGUCGUUUCCGUCUUAAGGCUCCAAUUUCAGAAAUAGUUCAAAACAUCAUGAUUGAACAAUGGAAUUCAUCAAUUUCAUACAAUCAAUUUUAUGAAUCAUGUGCACCAACUUAUUGUACUUAUUCUCAACGAAUUAACAAAAAAGAUAUUGUUGAAACAAUAAUAACGGUACUAUCUUUGAUUGGUGGUCUUAUUUUCUCAUUACGACUAAUUGUACCUCGACUGGUUAACUUUCUAUUUGAUUUAUUGUCAAAGUUCGGCAAGAAACCAAAUCAACAGCAAGUUCGUGCCAAAAGAUCCCUUCGAUCAAAAGGAAUUAUGAAAAGACUGAUAUCAUAUGUAUACACUACUCUGACCAAUCUAAAUAUUUUCUUGAUACGAGAUUUUGGCAGUAAUAUUGAUCGAAGGAAAGCUAAACGUCUUGGUCAGUGGGCUACUCGUCUAUAUUUGGUUUCGUUUGCUGUUGGUCUCGUUAUUCUCACUCUUCAUACUAUCAUUCGACCUCAAAAAUUCACAAAAGAUUUUGAUGGACCAUCUCUUGAUUUGUAUACAAAACUUUUUAAACGGUAUGGAACUCAACUGAAAUGUCCAUGUUCAUCAAUCGCAUCGACAUAUAAUCAAUUUAUGAAUAUUGAAGCAAGAUUUCAUGAGAUCUGUUCAAGUCCAUUCGCUUCAAUAGAGGGAAGACUUAAUCUCACAUUUGAUGUCGUUGCUAACUUAUCUAUGUACAACGGGAGAGAUUAUCGUCGCUUUCUCUCUGCUCAUUUGCAAUUUCUUGAAGGAUUGUGUCAACUUUCUGAGAAAACAGUGUAUAUUUUUACUCGACAAUUUCUUUCGUCACUGUUUGUUACAAAUGAACUUCUAUCAGAAAUGAAUUUUCAUCGACGUCUUAAUUUGACAAUUGAUCAGAGUAAAUUAAAUGUUCCAACAACAUUAACUCAUCUGCUCUAUUUAAUUCGAAUGAUAAAUAAUGGAAAUGCUUUUAUAUCAACUUAUGGGACAAAUUUCGAGUACAUUCAUCCAUGGGAGGACAUAUACAACACUUAUACACCUACUCAAGCUAUGAUUUAUGAUAAUAAUUGUUCAUGUGGAUUAUAUUCAAAUUGUAAUACUCAAGCAACUUUUAUUCUUACAAAUCCGACAAAGAUCAUUCCAAUCAAGGGUCUGAGAAUAGGUUGUACUCCAAGUGAAUCAUUUCGUGCUUCAACUCUUGAAUGUUUUUACAAUGAAUCAUGUAUUAAUCUCAUUACACAAUAUACGAUUAAGGCAAAUCGAAUCAAUAAUACAAGUGUGUUCGAACCUCUUUCAACAAAGAACAUUAGCUUUUCCAUAAAUACUCCUAUAGCUAAACUUAUCGAUAAUCUGUUUAUUACAGAUUGGAAUAUAAAAAUGAAUUAUACAUCUUAUUUUGAACAAUGUUUCCCUUUAUCAUGUUCAUAUAAUAAUAUUCAACGAUUCAAUGUAUUUCAUAUAAUAGCUACUCUACUUGGUCUACAAGGUGGUCUUGCGCUGGUUCUUGAAUGGAUCUGUCCUAAAAUAAUCCGAAUUAUAGUCAAAAUAUAUGAAUAUCGAAAGAAGCGUAGAAAUGUUGUUCAACCUGUUUUUACUGUUGAAACAAUGCCGAUUGAAAAUAUUGAGAAUUCUGUUUCGAUUUUAGAAUUAACACCAACGAAUGAAACAUUUCAGUGA